UCCUCGGGUCACGCAGCGACAAGACCGACCCGAUUAUAGCACUUUAAUGCGUGUAUACGAUGCCGGAUGAGUAAUCUAAUCAGAAAUACAAACAGCUCUCUCUUUCUCUCUCACUCUUUUUUUUUUUUUUUUUUUUUUACUUCAUGAAUCUGAAAACAUCUGCAAGCACAUCGAUAAGCCCAUCAUGUAUAGAUAUCGUUUGAAUUCUUAAUCCACAAGCAGUUGAUUCAUUUUUAUAACGGCAGAUCGGCCCGUUAUUCCAGCUGCGACUCAACGCGUACAGCGGGUUUCUAUCAGGAGCUCGUCCUAACACGUUGUUGUUUCUAUGGUAACGGCGCAUUCACAUACGGAGGUCGCGCCACAUGAUCUAAAGACUCGUAAUGAAACGACGGUGGAUUAAAAAAAAACGUGUAUAUAUUUAACAAAGAAAAACGAAUAAUUGUUGAUGUGGUGUAGUUCUCUGUAAGGAUAUGUUGUUGUUGUUGUUUUUUUUUUAAACGUCUGUGGAAGGAGUCUCCAGUGUCACGGCUUCGUAACGGUCAUAACCGUGGGGUUUUGCGUCACGGUAAGUCUUUUUUACGGUUUCUCGGUGCUACGUUCAGAGAGAAUAACGAGAGGCCGGUGAGGGAAAGACUGUUUAGAUAACUGCUUUUAGUAAGGGAUCGCGUGUAUCGAACUGAAUGCAACAAUUAACGGAUAAAAAGUACGACGUCAGUAAAUUAUAAAUUGGAAUUGUUGACAAACCGCUGCAGCCGAGUAUAAAAGGGAAUAAACACUUCAUCAUGUGCGGAAAAUAAUCGACGUCAGGGCGCUAAGAGCAACACCCCCGUUGUUGAUUAUUUUUCUAUGACGGCAUGCCCCCCAGCAUGUGGUUUAAUCCUGUGUACUGUAUACUGCGUGUGUGUUAUCGGGUCAUCGUUAUUUUUCCCCGGUGUAUAGAUAACAAAUCUAAUGGGAAGGAGGACGGUAUUAUUCAGACUGUUCCGAAGACAUCUUCACUUUCACGUGACUGAGACUGAAGGUUAAAGUGGACAUCAUGCUGCUCUGAGCCGCACGGAUCCUUCCUGAACGCCGGCGCGGGAGUCGCCCGAGUCACGCAGAUGGAGGCUGGGACGCUUUUGACCCUCCUGAUGGUUCUGUUUGGGGCCAGGGCGAGCAACGACGACCGCUCGGAGCACACGCACCGGGUCAGCACGUCUCAGUGCGGCGAGUACAGUAACCAGGUGAUGAAGGACGGCACGUGCAAACUGGUGGCCACGCUGCCCCAGCUGGAUGACCAGCGCUGCCCGGACAUGUUCCGCUGCACGGACGAGGUCUCCUACUGGCUCCACGAGAACGACGAGCGCAAGCAGCAGAUCCUGGCGCUGCGCGAGACCAUCUCCGAGCUGCAGGAGGAGCUGCGCAACCAUCGGCACCGAGUUAAAGUCCUCGAGCUGCAGAGCGAAGAAAAGUUUCACCUGAACUCGUCUCACGAGCAUCGCUUCCGCGAGCUGGAGGGUCAGUACGCCGAGGCCACCACGCUGCUGCACGUCCAGGGCUCGCUCAUCUCCGACCUGCAGGCGCAGAUCCACAACCUCUCCAUGCUGGUGGAGAAAGUUCGCCGAAACCCCGGGUGCAUGAUCAACAUCGUCCGCACCAGCCCGCUGCUGAGCACGCAGCACACCCUGCACCCCGAGAUGCAGCACGUCAGAAACUGUCCCAUCGACUGUGCCUCCAUCUACUACAACGGCGUGCGGCGGUCCGGCGUCUACACCGUGGUGCCGUCGUUAGGAGCCAUGCCCGUGGAGGUCUACUGCGACAUGGACACGGACGGCGGUGGCUGGACCGUGAUUCAGCGUCGGCAGGACGGCUCGGUGAAAUUCGACCGCGGCUGGAAGGAGUACAAGGACGGUUUCGGAGACCUGCACACCGAGUACUGGCUCGGGAAUCAGCACAUCCAUGACCUGACCACGCAGGGAGACUACGCUCUGCGCAUAGACAUGGAGGACUGGAGCGGCAAACGCAAACACGCUCUUUACCAGAGCUUCCGGAUCGAGGACGAGGCGGCCCAGUACAGGCUUCACGUCUCUGGCUUCAGUGGCACAGUUGAAGACUCGUUCAGCUGGUAUCACGACAAGCAGGACUUCAGCACACCCGACACGGGGAACAUCUGCGCCGAGAUCUCGCACGCAGGCUGGUGGUACAACCAGUGUUUCUACGCCAACCUGAACGGCGUCUACCACAAGGGUGGACGUUACUCGCCUAAGGGGAAAAAUACGCUGGGACCCAACGGAAUCGUCUGGUUCACCUGGAAGGACUCGGACUAUUACUCCCUGCGCAAGGUGACCAUGAUGAUCCGGCCACGCACCUUCCGGCCACACCUAUCCCCCUGACGGGCCCUGCUGCAGCCGGCCGAUCGGAGCGGACGCCGACGGACUGAACGGUGAUGUCCGAACCUGCGCAGUAGACUUAAAUAAAUAUUUUUAAAGGGAGAGGGCGCUGUGGUACUUCUCAUCACGCAUCGUACACCACAGGUAACGUUUUUGCGCGUACUAAACCUGGAAGAAAGACGUCCGGGUAACCCUCAUCCCUCCAGCCUUCGAUGGCAACGUUGUCUUGUUCUCGAUUGCGUAAAGGAUCAUCUUCCUAGCCUGGAAUGUUUGUCUGACGACUUUUAAAUGUAUAGAAACGAUGAUUUAGAUCGGAUACAGCCUGCCUGAAAAGGACGCCCGCGCCUCUCGACCGGCCGUGGCGCACGGAUCGCCGUUCACGAUUAACAACAACACGCCGCUUCAUCCGUCCUCAUUAACACUCCACUCACGCACCGCCUAGAGAGCGGUCCUGCUCACAAAAUAACUCCACAUUAAGAGAAUACAAAUCGAAGUUUAUUAAAUCGUAAUCAGGAUUACUUUCGUGGCUUUUUUUUUUUUUUUUAUACAUCGUUCAUGGUGCAAACAACAUUGCAGACAUCGCUAUACAUAAAAUGAUACAUCAUGAACUGAAGCACAUGCAUCUGUUAAUGUGUGUGUGUGUGUGUGUUUAUAUAUAUAUUACACACAUACAUAUACACACACACACACACACACACACUCGUGCGCUUGUGUGAGGAGGAACAGAAGUGCUUGAGAAAAAGAAAAGAUUGCACAGAGAUGGAAACGUGGCUUUCUUUGGAGGGGAAAGAAAAAAAAAAAAAAAAAAAAAAAAAAAAAGCGUUGGUAUGAUGUCAGAUAAGAUUACAUGUGCAAAAAGGACCAGCCCUCCUUUAGAUGCUCAAAAACCAGACUUGUGUAUGUGUGUGUGUGUGUGUGUGUGUGUGAGAGAGAGAGAGAGAUUAUAGACAGGUUAUACAAAUUGCUUGUUAUAUUUUGGCACUGUGAAUGGAAAGUGCAUAGCAUAGUGACACAUGCUGAAGUUCCUCAGCACGUGAAGGCACAUCGACGAGG